AAGAAUUGCUCUGUGUCUUACUGGAAUCCCUAUUGGAUGCUGCCUUCUGAUGUUUGUGGAAUGAACUGCUUUUGGGAAGCGACUCUUAGAUAUAAUUUACUGAAAGCACAGCCUGUCGAGAAAAUGCACCUAGCCGUUGUUGCCUGUGGUGAACGACUGGAAGAAACUAUAACUAUGUUAAAAUCAGCAGUUAUUUUUAGCAUCAAACCUUUACAGUUCCACAUUUUUGCUGAAGACCAACUGCACCAAAGCUUCAAAGACAUUCUUGACAGCUGGACAUUUUUACAAAAAUUUAAUUUUACUUUAUAUCCAAUAACCUUUCCACCCGAAAAUGCAGCAGAAUGGAAAAAACUCUUCAAGCCAUGUGCUUCACAAAGAUUGUUCUUACCACUAAUUCUGAAAGAAGUUGACUCACUACUCUAUGUCGACACGGAUAUCCUUUUCUUACGACCUGUUGAUGAUAUUUGGUCUUUCCUGAAAGAAUUCAAUUCCACACAAAUUGCUGCAAUGGCACCAGAACAUGAAGAGCCUCGUAUAGGAUGGUAUAAUCGAUUUGCCAGGCACCCAUACUAUGGAAAAACUGGAAUAAAUUCUGGCGUAAUGUUAAUGAAUAUGACUCGUAUGAGAAGAAAAUAUUUCAAGAAUGAUAUGACAACAGCACGGCUACAGUGGGGAGAUAUACUUAUGCCAUUGCUCAAAAAAUACAAACUAAACAUCACGUGGGGUGAUCAGGAUCUCCUAAAUAUCAUGUUCUUUCAUAACCCAGAAAGCCUUUUUGUUUUUCCGUGCCAAUGGAAUUAUCGGCCUGACCAUUGUAUAUAUGGAAGCAAUUGUCAGGAAGCCGAAGAAGAAGGAAUCUUUAUUCUUCACGGAAAUAGGGGUGUUUACCACGAUGAUAAACAGCCAGCUUUCAGAGCCGUUUAUGAAGCACUGCGGAAUUGCUCAUUUGGAGAUGACAAAAUUCAUUCCUUGUUGUAUCCACUAGAACUGGAACUUCGAAAGACUGUACAUACAUAUUGUGGAAGAAUGUACAAACUAUUUAUAAAACAGCUGACAAAAAGCAUAAAAGAUAGUUAUGGUAGACCACCAAGGGAGAGGUGAAUUUGGGUGAAUCACUCAAAUCUACUGGAUUAAUGUAGCUAAGUCAGCAUGUGUGGUUGAAGGAUUUUCUUGCACAAAAUGUUAAUCUUCUUGAACUCAUUUAUUACAUCGCCAGACAAAAAUUUAACCCUUAUGGGCUAAAUGAGAAGCAUUUUUGUUAUGAAGAUUAAAAUGGAGCAUUGCAUCCAGUCAAGGAGAUAUUUUCGAUUUCGGAAGUUUGUAAUCACUUGAAACUUUCGUUUCAGUAUGUUAAGUAUUGGUGCAAAUGGUCACUUGCUUUUGUGUCAUUCUAGUUUGUGUAAGUCUAUCGACUGAUUAUCAAGUGAAUGAAAAGCUCGGGGUAUAUAUUUAGAAUGUGCCUCUUACAGAAUUUAAAACUCUGAAACUGUGAAUGUAGCAAUAAUUCUGAGUCAGCACUAACCUCACUUUGAGUGUGAGAUCAAAAAUGUUUACAGGGGCAGAAAUUCUAUUUUGAAAGAAAUGUGAUAUAACCAUUGACAAUCUACGUGUGCCUUUCUAUGUUUCAUCUCUGACCUGUUAAAAAUUAUUGUGACAAUCAUGUUUAAAACCUUUUUAGAUGAGAAAACUGCACGUUAAAACAAAGUUCUACAAGGAAAUUUAAUUACUGUAAACCUUUUGGCUUUAGUUAAUUCUAUAUUGUUAAAUACUGAUUGCUUUUUCAUGUAUUUCUAUGUUAAACUGUCUUGCCCAAACUCAAAAGUAGCUAGAUUUUAAUGUGCUAACUAUGUGGGGCAAUUUUUUAACACUUUAAAUGGCAAUUUGCAACUGGAUAUUCUGGAAGUUGAAAAUUUAUGCUGAUUUAAGAGCUCUGCGACAAUUCUGUAGCUGAAUAGUUCAAAGCUGUGAUGUUUGUUCAGAGAUGGACCAAAAUGCAUAUAUGACACUUUCCUGUGAAAAGCAAUUUAUUAGUUAUUUAUAAUGGGGUGGAAAGUGGCCCAUUUUCACUUUUGUCCUACCUCACAAUGGCUUUGAAAAAUAGUUUUACCUCUAUAUUUCAAAGAAGAGAAUUUUGAAUUUAAUUUCAUGAAAUUUUUAUAUACCCCAUCAGUGUGUACAUUUGAUAAAUUCCUUUCAUGCAGAAUGUUUUGUAGUGUAGUAGGUGGAAAUUUAGUUUGGGAUUGCCACUUGUUUAGGCAGACAUGAAAACUCUUGCUUUACCAGGCUAAAAGCAAAGUGGUCUGUAUUUUCCCUGGUUUAUCCAUCUUGUCGUUCUUAGUUGAAAAUGGUAGAAAGGGACUCCUGUUUAAACAUUCCAGCUGCUCAUUAAUUGGCUUCUUUGAAGCAGUGUGACCUUUCCUCCCUCAGAUGCACUCCUCCUGUCAGCUACUGUACAUAUUUAUCUCCCCUGUUUCCACAAAUUAUAGUCCUUGUUAGGAUGAGCAUGACAUUAGAAUGCAGUGUUGCUAGGACCUUUUCCAUUACUCAAUUAGUGGAUCGUGAAAAGAGUCUAAAAUUAAUUUAGUAACAGUUAAGAAUUAUGGCUGAAUCUAUUUAGACAUGUAAAUUCAGGCACAGGAAUCUACUUUAGUAGUUUUUCAGUACCCGUCAGUAAAUAGAACUUAAGAGCUGAGCUCCCCAAACCCAUUUUGUGGUCACUGUAACAUAUGUUUUAUGAGUGAAAAUCUCAUUUAUCAUCAAUAUCAGAGUGCCCUAUAUAGUGGAAGCUCAAGUACUGUUGAUAAAAUAUUGGGAAUUAGCGUAUUGUUUUUUGCACACUAUAUAUCACCGUAGGAAAUUUACAUUUGUUAAACUUAGUUCAGUUUUGGGUUUUUUUAAAAGCCAACACCAUUUUCUCUCAAAACAUGUCCCACAUCUAAAAUUUCUCUGAGAGCAUUGGAGCCAAACUGUAGUUUAGCACCUUUUAAAAGGUAGAACAUUGCCUUAACCACUAGUUUUCACUUUGUUGGGUAAAAUUUGAAUUUAACUAUGCCAUUUAAUAAAAUGAUUAAAUAUCUUGAGUUGUGUGUAUAUAUAUAUAUGUACACAUACAUAUGUAUAUAUAUAUAUACACACACAUAUGCAUAUAUUCAUACAUAUAUAUGAAAAUCUGGCAUUUUUUCUGAUUACAGACAACCUCAAAAUUAGUGUCAAAACUCUGGUAACUUGAUAUCUACUUCAGUACUUAACACACACAUAAAGAGUGCUUUAAUAAGUGCCAUGAUUAAAAUGAUUAAAUUCCUUGUCUUUGAUGGUAAAACAGUAUCUCAGUAAAAAAAAAUGUAUUGUCAACAAAUAUCACGGUAAAAGUUCCUGAUGAAGAAAUCUCAUUUAAAAAGUCCUGAAGUCUUUAGGAGAAUGACUCUCAAACUCUUUGUGCAUUUCCUACUUCAUAAAGAGUGCUGUACAGAAGUUGUUCAAGUUGCCCUUCUUUCCCCUGGGCAUGUUUUCAGCCAGGGUCGUCAAGGGAAACAAGUUGAGGCUUUUUUGGAAGGGAGUGAGGGGAAAAUAUUAAGGUGAGAGCAGAAAAAUGAGAUGAUAGAAAAGUGAGAAAAGAAUAAGAAAUGGAUGAGAAAGUAGCAAAAGAAAGAGAAAGGGAAGAAGGAAUAGAAGAAAAAGGAAUCUGGAAAGGAGAAAAAGGGAAAAGAGGAGAGAUGAACAAGUGGAAAGGAGAAUGGACAGGCUAAGAAUGGGAAAGGUGAAAGAAGAAGGAAGUCUUUUCCUUCCAAAAUAGCCACUUAGGCUUCUUCUUGUACCUCAGCAUCCUGUACCCCUUAUCCUAACAUCCUCCCCCAACCCCUUUGGGACCAAAGGAAACUGUAUUCACCUCUGCAUUCUUGGCCAGUAAGUGCCCUAGGGUUGGGUAACAUGGGCAAUGUAAAUGUAGGGAGCAUUUACUAGCACUUCAUCUUUCCAAUUGUACAGUGUUAAGGAAGCUCUGGUGUUCUGUUUCUACAGCCCAACAAUUUAUAAGCAGAAUUUGUGGGAUAGAGUGGAGCGGGCCAUGAAGGUUGGCUUCAGCAAAGAUCUCAACUAGAGAUCUUUUAGACUGUGAGCCCACUGUUGGGUAGGGACUGUCUCUAUAUGUUGCCAAUUUGUACUUCCCAAGCGCUUAGUACAGUGCUCUGCACAUAGUAAGCGCUCAAUAAAUACGAUUGAUGAUGAUGAACUAGAGCGUUUGGGAGAAAAUGGUGCCGUCUCUUCCCUUUCUCAUUAAGAAAAGCAGUGGCAGCUAUCCCAGCCAUUCCUGUAGCACUGAUCCGGCCAUUCAGCCUCCAUUUCAAAAUAGCUUUUGAAAGGAGGAGGAAGCCAGUGGGGCAGGAGACAUGAGCCUCAAUAACAGACAGCACCUCCCUUUCCAGCUGGCAAGGAAACCAGAGUGCUGCUGGGGAAAACAAAUAGAGAAUAGAAAUGUGGAAAGAGUGGGAGUGGUUCCAAAUUUGCAGUGUAACUGGAAUACGUUUUUAUUAGUACUUCUGUUUUUAAAUGCUCAAAAAUGUAGCGUCUUCUGUAAUGUUUGAGAUAGUUAAAAGCAUUGAAAUUCAUCUUUUUUUUAACUUGAUUUCAGGUAGCAACUUCAUUGAUACUUUUCCAAUGGGCUUUUCAUUUUUCCAAGAUACUGUAAACUAUGCUUGCAGAUGAUGCCUAUGUCUUGCCUCUUCGAGUCGGGUCCUUUCUGCAAAGAGACUAAACCAUGAAGGGCGCGGUUUACUGUUGCUGCUGUUCAAAUUAUUUUCAUCUAUAUUGACUGAUUUAGGAGUUGAUUGUACUAAAGUCCUAGAAAUUUUCAGGGUGGUACAAGAAAAUCGAGUUUGGAAGGAGAGUUUCAUGGGAAUAAUCCAAGUAAGUCUUUGGGGGAAGAGGAAUGAAUGCAUUUUUCCAUUGAAAGGAAGCUUUACUCCUUGUAAACCAACUUUAAUCUUUACAGAUCUCAUUUCUGAGCAUUAGCUUAUGUGAAUAACUGGAUGCAAUGAAGUUUUUUUUUAAAAAAAUCACUAAGUGGUUAGCAUUAGCUUAAGUAGUAAGCAGAGUGUAAAAAAAGUGUGUAUUAUUUGCCAUUACUGAUUGAGUCUGACUAAUGACCGUGUAGUUGAUAGAAGGUGCUUGAAGAAGUAGAAAAUGUCCCACAUGCCGCUGUGGGACAGAAAAUAUUAUAAAUGCCUCAUUUAAGAUCUUUCAAGGAAAAUGUAGAAGAAAUUUCAGAUAAUAGACAAACUUUGAAGUUUCAAUCCAUGUUAUUUACUGAGCAUUUUCCGUGUACAGAGCACUGAACUCAGCGCUUGGGAAAGUUGGUAGGUAGGUGGUAGGAGUUUACAGUCUAUAAUUUCAAAGUAUGUCAUAAUAUGCUGUUAUCUGUGGAGGAAGAAUGCUUUCUGUAGUCUCUUUUCAUCACAGAGUUCCUAAAUUUAACAGUAAUAUAGACGGUUUUCCCCCAGGCAUCUGAAUUGUGGUGUUUUGAUAUUUUAUGAAGAUUAUAAAAUGAAGGCUCCAGGACUGAACUGUUAAGAAAACAUCAGUUGCCUUAAGUCUGCUCUCAGUCCUAACCAAUUGUACCUUGCUGUUGUUAAGCAGUUACUGAAUAAAGGUUUAAUUUUCUCAGAGA